UUGAAUGUGUGCCGGGAGCAUUUUGUGUUUUCGAAUGAUUCUUGCAAGAAAUUAAGAGUAGGCAACAUGGAAUCUGCUGGAGAUUGGUGCUUGAUUGAAAGUGAUCCAGGAGUGUUUACACAGCUAAUAAGAAAAUUCGGUGCUACAGGGGUGCAAGUUGAAGAAUUGUGGACUAUAGAUGAUGGCAUUUUUGAAAAUUUACGACCGGUUCAUGGCCUAAUAUUUUUAUUCAAGUAUAUGCAAAAUGAUGAACCUUCAGAGCCAGUAGUAUGUGAUGAUCGCCUUGAUAAAAUUUACUUCGCUAAACAGGUUAUUAACAAUGCAUGUGCCACACAAGCUGUCAUUAGUCUUCUUUUGAAUUGCAACCAUCCAGAUGUAGAUCUUGGCCCUGAACUGAGCAAAUUGAAAGAGUUCAGUAUGUCUUUUGAUCCCAAAAUGAGAGGACUUACUCUUAGUAACUCUCAAACAAUCCGAACUGCUCAUAAUUCCAUGGCUCAACAACCUCUUUUCGAGUUUGAUCCCAAAGUGGCAUCUAAAGAUGAUGAUGCAUAUCAUUUUAUUGGCUAUAUGCCAAUAGAUGGUCGACUUUAUGAACUCGAUGGUUUACGUGACGGCCCUAUUGACCAUGGACCUAUAGCUCCUGAACAGGAUUGGCUUGAUGUAGUGCGGCCUAUUAUAAUGAAAAGAAUCAACGUGUAUACUGAAGGGGAAAUCCACUUUAAUUUGAUGGCUUUGGUAUCGGACAGAAAAAUGAUUUAUGAACGUCAGUUACAAGAGGCGCAAAUGUUGACUAUGGAGACUGAUGACAUGGAAAAUGAAAUACAAAGACUUAGAAUGUUGAUUGAAUAUGAAGAUUUAAAAAUGGCCAGAUACCAACAAGAGAUGAUACGUAGGCGACAUAAUUAUUUGCCGUUUAUAAUAAUGCUUUUGAAAAUAUUAGCCGAGGAAAAAAUGCUGAUGCCGCUACUGGAGAAGGCUAAGGAGCGCGCUUCGAAGAAGGAGCCACAGCUGCCGGCAACGAGCACACAAGGUACCGUUGAUGAUAAUUUUACCAGUGUUAUGGACACAGAUGACUUUUUUAAAGAUGGUUUUUACCCUGAUAGUAUACUGGAUGAUAACAUUGUUGAUGAUCAUGAUUUUCUUGCUAAUAACUUGUUGGAAAUGAAUGAUUAUAUGUUACAAGAUUUCUUAGAGAAUAAGGAGGUCCCUGAUAAUAACGAAAUGAAAAAACCGGAUAGUAGUUCCGAACAGCCAGAGUAA